AUGUCCGCACCCAGUGUCCCCUUGUUGCUGUGCCUUAGGCCUUCUCGUGCACUGCAGGCUGCAAAGACAACGAGGGGUCGUGCGCACCAACUGCUUCGAUUCCCUGGAUCGAACCAACCUCCUUCAGUACCAGGUGCGAUGCAGAUGCAAAAAUUGAAAAAGCCAUAUGGCAUGGAGGAGAACAAGAGAAGAAACUGCGCUCUGCUCCCUCCACCGCUUGCAGCUACAGCACUGUGCAGGCUACCGCGGCGCCGCGGCCGAGACGGGCCAUCUGCAAGCGACCCUAAGGAAACCGAGUCGGAUGGGUGCAAAGAGGAUGAAAUCAGACAGGCAAUUCGUCGCGAUACUGUGCAGGAGCAUGUGGGCCGACUUGGGUACACGGGAACUGCGAGUACCAUGGGUGCUGCCCUGCGACAAGGCGGCCACACAGCCAGAGCCAUGCUGGAGAAGGGCUGGAGGGCAGUGAACCGUGCCUACUGCGCUCACUUCGAAGACGAUGCGCGGCAGUCGGCCAUACAGCUGCUCUUGCGCAGCCAGAAGCUGGCAAAGGCUCCUUCCAUCCCGGAGCUCCGUCGAAGUCCUCAGGGCAAGCUGCGUUUAGCCUUGGCUUCCUGGAACCUCCAUGGCCGCGCACCCUGGCAGUCGCCAGAGACCUUGCGAAGUCGCUAG